AUGGUAUACAAUUCGUUGACUGAAGCCCCGCAUACUUUCAGGGAGGGUAUUGACUGGUUGAUUGCUCUGAAGGGCAACGAUGCUGAGAAGAACUUGGCUGCCAUGGGCGCCGCACUUCACAAGUUCUUGGCAGACAAGCCUGUUGGCAAGAUGGAGCUGCCAGCUCUCGAAGAAGUCAAACGUAUUUCUAAGCAAUUCGUGGCGCAGCCGGAGCUGAAGUAUAUGUGGCCGGCGGACGACGUGUUGAGGAGAUUCAAUGAGCGUAUCAUUAAAAGCCACCGCCAACUCCGCAAAAUAGUCUGUACCAUAUACGACAGCGAUUAUUUAAACGUCAUAAAGUCUAAGAGACUCACCGCUCAAAAAAUCACGGAACAAUUAAGUAAAGCUGUGGAUGGUUGUGAAAAGUUCCUGGAUAAAAUCAAAAUUCCAGACGAAUAUAAGUCUGCUUACAGUUCAGAAGCGACUUGGGAGACAUCAUGUUCGGAGAAUCCGGAAGCUUGCGCUGUGGUCCUCGUGGGAAUCGCGCCAAUGUUGUACACAGGAUUACGGUUUUUGCAGUGUGGACCGGAAUUCCGCACAAAAAUGACUACUUCAGAAGUAAUUAAGGCGUCAAAAAGUAUUAGCUAUCAAAUGUUGGUAACGCUAUACGAUCUGGCCGGGUUCUGGGCAUUCUAUUAA